CACUGCAAUAAACUCGCGAAUGUUUACUUCCGGUGUCAGCUCCACUUUGACAAGCGAGGGAAAGUUCAAACAAAACAUUGCUAACUUUUUCACAAAAUAGCGAUGUCAUGUCCAGUAAAACGUUACAAAUCGAUUUCUUUAUUAGACAGAUGGAUCCAGGAAAACAACCAUUUGGUAAACAAGUGGAAGCAGCAAGAAGAAGGAGGAAAUUCUGUGAGCCAAGACCAGAACCAGACCACUCUGAGAUGGUGUCUCUCUGAGUUUCACAAACUCAUAAGGAAAAUUCAAGGUAUUCCUCCACUUGCAGAUCACACACAGAUGGAGCUGACAGUAGUGUACAAUGCAUGUGUGUGCUCUGUUGCUCACUCGCAGUUCUCAGAAGCCGAGCUGCUCCUCAGACAAGCCACAGAGAGAGUUCUACAGAUGACAGGAGAUGGCCCUGCUGCUUCAGAUACUUCUGUGUUUUGGAGAAUAGUUUUCAGAUCAAUGGGAAACACAGCUUUGAAUUCCUACUUACAGUAUCUUCUUUGUGUGCAGUGGGCAAUAUGGCUGGCCACCUGCCAGCUGAAAACUAUUAAGGAAUUUCAGAGGGGGCAGUUCUCUCUGUUAGAGAUGCUAUCUGUUGGAGUUGGGGAUGAGAGGAGCGAGGCAAGAGGAAAUUCCUCUGACAUUCCACUACUGGUGAUGGACCCAAGACAGCUUAUUGAAUUAUUGCAGAUAUGUACUUGCAUUGCCCAAGGUGCAGAAAUGUUGAAUGAAGGUCGGAGUUCAGAGGCGCUGUCUGGCCUGCAGACAGCUUCCUCCUUGCCUGCUCCCAGAACUCUAAUAGCAUACACACAUGUCCUCUCAGGCUCCUGCCUCGCCCACAUGAGCUGUCCUCAGAUGGCUCUGCAGUGUUACAGGAAGGCACUGGAGACAGACUCACUGUGCGUAUGUGCUCUGUACCAGAGCAUUCUCAUAUACAGGCAGCUGGGCAACACAUUGGCUGAGAUACAAGGUCUUCGCUUGCUACACUCAACUUUGAUGUUGUCCUCUGCCACAAAGCCUGCUCUGGUUCGUAGUCAUCUCCUCUCCCCGUCCUUAUUGCUUGACAGCCAAUCACUGAACAGCCUCCUCUCAGUUCCCUCUGCCCUCUCUGUCCUUCACAGUCUGGCCCAGAAGUGUGUGUGCCAUGGGAGGGUGUCAGAGGGUGUGGAAUAUUAUUUGGACCUGCUGGCUGCUGUUUACUCGGAAGAUCAGCAUGGAGUGCGUGCUGAAGUCCCUCUCCUCCCCAGGUUGCCUGAGCUUUACCUGGAGGCUGGUGCUGCCUUGCUCAUGGCCCAGCGGCCUGCUGAUUGCAUGGCGCUGUGUGAUGAAGUCAUCAGCACGACGCUGGAGCUGCUACCAGAGAAACUGGUGUUGGAGGAGCAAGAAGAGGAGUUUGAGGCUGAGGGCAGGGCUGUGGGUGGAGAGGGUGAAGAUAGGGUGUGGAUGCUGCUCUGGGCUGGGGCUGCCUACCUCCUCCAGGGUCACUGCCACACUCACCUGAAGGACUGGAAACAAGCUGUGACUCACUACACAAGAUGUAUCAACCUGCUGGUGAGGGUGCGCUUUAAAAAGAGAGGUUUCCAACCACUGAUCCCCAGUGCAGACAUGGUUGGCAAGCAUGGAAGAGAUCUUUGUGUACUUCAGAGGCUGAAAGGACUUUCACUAGCUGGUAGGGGCAUCAGCUUCUCUCAGACAGACCAACUGAAAGAGGCACUGAGAGACCUCCAGCUCAGCUUGCAAGCAUUCCCAGACUGUGUGGGUGGAGGGCUGUGGUGUGGUGAAGUGCUGUGGAGGCUUGGCAGGAGACAGGAGGCAGCAGCUUGUUGGGAAAAGACCUGGAGCUUCACCACACAAUCCUCUGCAGAGAGUCUUUCUUUGUACCUACAGGAACCCCAGUCUGGCCCUUUGUUGGACUCCAUGGAGCUGCACAACAGAAUAAAGGAACUUGGUCUUACCUUGUCAGUCUAGAGAAGGACAAAGGAGGAAGACGCUAUCACUUGCUGAACAGUAUCAACUUUCUUUGGCCUGUGAACUGAAACCCAUACCCACAACAAACAUGUAUCUACUGGGAAAGCAAAAUAAUGCAUUUUUGAAGGACUUGUGUUUGAGACUGAUAAUUAAAACUGUUGGUGGUAAAUCAGACUUGUGAUUCAUGUAAGAAAUGAUGAAAAAUUUCAAGAGAUACUGUGAAGUUGCUUGAUCAUAGGAAAUAAAAUCUUUUUGGCAAGGCAAGAGUAAUCAAGACUGCUUACAACUUUAACAAUUUACUGUACUUGUCAAGAUAAAGCACAAUACUACUUAACAUUUUCAAUAAACCGCUGCUUAUCUAUGCCUCUAUAGCAGUUUUGUAAAUAUUACACGUAUGAAUAAAACAUAAUAAAAGCACAACUUAUUCUGA